GCUGAGCCAAGAGUUAUGGCACAUUGAAAGAAGUGAGUUCGACAAGGCAACAGCGGUCCACCACCAAGUAAUCAUCGUUGAUUUACAGCCAAUAGGCUUAUUUGUGUGAUUAUGGAAGGGAAAUCAAUCUAUGACUUUUCGAUGGAGACCCUGGAUGGUCAAACUAUGUCACUUAACAAUUAUAGGGGCAAAGUGAUCCUUGUUGUCAACCUGGCAACUUUCUGAGGGUCAACCAUUGAGGAGUACCACAGACUGAAUGCACUGAUGAAUAUGUUUGGUGACCUCAAAUUCGUUGUCCUUGGAUUUCCAUGCAAUCAGUUUGGCCUACAAUCCCCGGAGGUAAACCAUGAGACUCUUAAUGUCCUCAAACAUGUGAGACCUGGUGGAUGCUUUGUCCCAAAGUUCCCCAUAUUUGGAAAGAUUGAAGUUAAUGGAUUAAAUGAAGAGCCUCUUUUCACCUAUCUCAAGGAAUCAUUGCCUUAUGUCAAUCCUGUCAUAGGCGACAUAAAGAAAUUAUACUGGUCUCCUAUUAAAGUCAACGACAUAAGGUGGAAUUUUGAGAAGUUCCUCAUCACAGCUAAUGGUCUGCCAUUCAAAAGGUAUGAGCUACACAGCCCCGUAGAAGACCUGGAAAAGGACAUUGCAGGGUUACUGUGAAUGCUUUUCCUCACCAACACCCCCAUUCCACCAGCUUAACAAGAUGCGACUCUCAUCGAGGGGGGCAGAGUGAUGAUCUCUUGGUAAAUGCACAUCCCUGUUGCACCCAAGCUAGAUCUGAUGGGUCGGGAUUCAGAAGGUUCCAGGCUUCCGUGCAUUCAUCUAGAGCCCUGUCUCCCGUCAGCCCCUCAAAGUGACGCAGCCGCAUCCAGGACCGGUCCUCAAAGAGGCCUUCUCUAGGCCUCGGCAAGAAAAUGAUCAGGACGUAUUGAUUAUGACACAAUAAAUUUAACAUCUAUUCAAUUUAUAAA